AUGGGAACAAGCACUAGAUUACUCCGCACAAUUACUCUGCAAUCUAACCAACUACAAAUCCUUCGGAGCCACCAAAUUCAUCCCCAGGUGUCCGGCCUCGACCUUCGAAGCAUUGAUCAAAGCCUCCGAACGAUCAGCUCAAGCUACCCUCCUAUGGCAAUCCGUCAAGCACGAGAUCUACAGUCUAGAACCGGAGGGGAUCUUGGAUGCAUCGGCAAACCAUCCGCCGGCCAUCUCUCGAACUAUUAUCCCGACUCCCCCGAUAUCUCCGAUCAGGAAAUCAACCAGGUCCAGGCGCUCUGCGAUGCUCAUCAAUUGAGCACUCUCAAUACCAGAUUAGUCAAGCAUUCAUCGACCGAGUUCAGUUUAUUAAUCGCCUCAGCCAACAGCACUCUAUCGCCGGAGCUCUUCCCUCGAUCGCCGCUCAGAUCGACGAGCGAGCCGAGUCUGACGGUCCAUCUGAAGCCGUCGGACUUCAGCGGGCCGCUCACGAGAGUAUGCGAGGCACUCCAAGAGGCCGAAAAGUACUGCGGGAGUGGAUUAAGAUCAGAGAUGAUCGCAGAAUACGUCCGCUGUUUCCGAGAGGGGGACAUGGAGGCCCACAAGCGAGCGAGCAUCAAAUGGGUCCAAGAUCUCUCGCCAGUCGUCGAGUCUUAUCUCGGCCACAUCGAGUCCUAUGUCGACCCCUUUGCGCAACGCGCCGAGUGGGAAGGCUUCACCGCUAUCGUCAAUAAGGAACUCUCCCAGAAAUUCGAGCUUUUGGUUCAUAAUGCUCAACAUCUCGUCCGCUCUUUGCCUUGGGGCCCUAGCUUCGAGGUCGACGUCUUUCGGAAACCUGACUUCACCGCACUCGAAAUCCUCAGCUUUGCGACUGGUGGAAUCCCCGCUGGUAUUAAUAUCCCAAAUUAUUUUGAUGUCAGAGAAUCUACUGGGUUCAAGAAUGUAUCAUUGGUGAAUAUUUUGUCAGCCAAAGCAGCGAACGAAGAGAUCACAUUCAUCCAUCCCAGCGAGCGCGAGAUGUACGCGAAAUGGGACGCCAAGACGUUCGAUCUCCAGGUUGCUAAUCAUGAGCUCUUGGGCCAUGGCAGUGGCAAACAACUUACUGAGAAUAAAGAUGGCACUUUCAAUUUUGAUCGGAAAACGACGAUCAAUCCAUUGACGGGCAAGCCUGUGGAGUCAUGGUACAAGCCGGGAGAGACCUAUGGCUCCAAGUUCGGGACGGUCGCCAGCUCGAUGGAAGAGUGUCGGGCCGAAGCGGUGGCGCUUUAUCUGUGCUCGAACCGCGAGAUCUUGAAGAUCUUUGGGUAUGAGGAGAAGGAAGAUAUCGAGACUAUUCAAUACAUGACUUUCUUGUUGAUGGCUCGGGCUGGUGUAAGAGCUCUUGAAUGGUACGAUCCACAGACUAAGAAACACGGACAAGCGCAUAUGCAAGCCCGACUUGGGAUAACUAAGUGGAUGAUCGAUCAUGGCUUGGCCAGCUUAGAACAAGUCCGAAACCCAGAGAAUCAUGAACUGCAAGACGCUUAUAUCCGAGUGGAUAAACAAAAAGUCUUGGAGCAUGGGAAGGAAAUUGUUGGAAAACUUUUGGUAGAGAUCCAGAUUAGAAAAUCGAUUGCAGAUGCAAAAGGAGCGGAAAAGUUUUACACGGAGUUGACGACCCCACCGGAUCAGUUAUGGGAGACCGAAUUGAGAGACUUGGUGAUCAAGAAGAAACAAGCCCGGAAGAUCUUCGUCCAGCCUAAUACCACCAUCAUCGAUCCUCCUUCUUCUUCUGAUGGCCAAAAUCCCGAUCAUCCUCUUGACGUCAAAUUGCUCGAUUAUCCGCUCACUAAUUUGGGCGUUAUUGAGAGCUUCUUGAACCGCAACAUCUAA